CAGCAUCAAAAAUGUUCGGCAGUUUGAAAGUUUUUAAAAGUGUAUUCACGGUAGAGAAAGCACUUACUUAUUUAAAUAGUAGCACAAAAGUGAUCAAAAGACAAAGUCAUGUCGUGUCAUACCGUAGUGCACCUCCGCCUCAUUCAAAGGCAACUAGAAUUGGAGCAGUAGCCGUUGGGGGAGCCAUGUGGUGGUGGGUUAUUUGGCACCUUUGGCAUGAGCCAGAUCACAUCACGGGAGAGUUCGACUACCCCGAUGCUGCGAAAUGGUCCAAUUUCCACUUGGGAAUCCCUCGUGAUGAAAAAUAAUAAAAUUUUGUCAUAUUAAAUUCUUAUAAA